UAUCCAUGUCUCUGUACAAAAAGCUGUAUUUGUGAAUCAUUAUGAUUCGAAAAUCGAAAGAACGCAAUUCCUUCGUAGAUCUGUGCGUACCGAAACCCUAACCUGAUUCCGACGCGUCCCGCAUUUUCGUCUCCGAGAUCGAUGCUAUAAAUAUGGAGCGAGAAGCAAAGAAGGAGACCUUUAGAAAAUAUCUAGAUUCCAGUGGCGUUCUUGAUGCUCUUACCAAAGUCUUAGUUUCAUUGUAUGAGGAGAACAACAAGCCUUCUUCUGCAGUUGAGUUCAUUCAACAAAAAUUAGGUGGUCCGUCAAUAUCUGAAUAUGAAAAACUACAAGCUGAGAAAUUGGACCUGCAGUUAAGGUACGAUGAACUCUUCGCAGCUCACCAAGAAACAUGCAGACAGCUUGAGGAUCUAAGGAGCUCGAAAUAUACAGAAAAUUGCAAGGAAACAAUGAAUGGUGGCACCGAAAGAGAGAACUUGUAGAGUGGCCACAUUAAGCAAUCCAAAUGUUUAAUUUCUUUGUUGUUGUAAUCAUCACCAAAAAUUGAUUUUCCUCUUUUUUUUUUUUGAUCCCUUUGGACUACAUAGUUUCAUCUAAAUCUGAGAGGCAAUGGAUUUCAAAUUUGUAGAGGCUAA